AGGACAGGGCUGGGGGGAGGGGGCGACAGGGAUGGAACUGGUCCAGCCAAGUCAUAACCAGCCCCUUGCUGGGGCGCUAGCUGCGCGCAGGGCGCGGCGCCAGGCACUUUGGAGCGCUCUCUCCCGGAGUGCCCCCCACCGGUCCUCCGAUGCCCCAUUUCAGAGACUGGAGCCAGGAGGCCGGCCCCGCAUCGCCCGCUCCGCUGUGUCACCCGCUCCGGGACAGCGACGGCUCAGCGCCCGAUUCUCCCGGACGCAGGGGGUCGCUGGCGGCCGCAGGGGGCGGCGCGGGCCGGGGCAGGUGAUACGUGGGUUCGGGCAGGACGGUCCUCUUGCAGGCGUGGUCGGCCGGGGUCGCCUUGCUCUUCUCCAUGGCCAUCAGGUAACUGACAUCGGCCACCACGGCUUCCAGGUCCGCCAUAUUGGCGAGCUUUGGCAGCGGCAGUGGCAGUUACUGGGGACCCGGAUGGGACACGCGCCCGCGGCCGCCGCCCGCCGCGCCCCAACCUGGGGGAGCCACCCUGGGGCAGCCCCGCUCUGCGCGCCCCAGCAGCGCCCUGCAAGCGGUGUAAUCUGUAGCCCGCCAGGGUCGCCGCGCGCCGCCCACAGCUCCUUCAGCGAGGGUCUGCGGGGAACGCACGCCCAAGGGUUGGCGCACCUGGGUGCAGAGUCCCAGCGGCCAGCUCGGUUGGCGCCUCCCAACCAAGUCUCUCCCCUCCGGGUGGCCACAAAGGACUCCUCCUCCUCUUCUUCCUCCCCUCCCUCCCCCUCCGCCUCCUCCUUCUCCUCCUUGGCUGCCCCGACCUCCCGCCCCCAGUUCCAUGUGCUCUCAUGCUCGCCCCGCUCAUCCAGAGAAGCCCUGUGCCCGACGCCCGCUACCCAAGGGCAAUGGGGAGGCCUCUGCUCCGGGGACACAGUAGUUCUCAAACUGGACAGUGUCAAUCAGCAUCCUCUAGGAGGUCUAGGAUGGCCCCGGAAAUGCAUGUGUCCCACCUGUCCCCGCAGGUGGUGAUGAAACUCCUGCUCUGGUCAGAGCUACCGGUGAACAGCGUCCAGCGGCCUGGCCCCCAACCUCCCUCCUGACCCUGAACAUCCCCCAACCCCGCCUUGAGAAUUCAGCGAAGAGUAAAAGCUGGAGAAAAUUGCGUGUCUCAGGCUAAGCAGAGCAAAGUGGGGUGACGGCUCCCCCGCUAGGAACAGAGAUGCCCUUAGGGAACCCCCUGAUGGAAGAGCUCCCGGCUUAAGAAGGUCACCACUCCCUUACACUCAGCCCCCCUCAGUCUGAUUCCCUGCUAUGCCUGCCAUCACCACUGGCCAGUUUUACCACAUGCUUCUCAAGACCCAAGGCACAAUAGGCAUAAAGUUGUCCCGAAAAGGACAAGAGGAGUGUCAGAAGUAGGAAUGGCAGUCGAAGGAGCUUGGUCUGGCAGCAGAAAGCUGAAAUGACAGGCAAGCACAAAAUAUAUUAAUGAGACAAAGCUA